AUGGCGGUCCUCGAUCGGCUCCGGCUGCUCAUCCUGGCUACCCGGCCGAUGUAUUCGAUGCUGGUGCCUUCCACGUACUUCCUGGGCAUCACGUCUUCCGGCACAUAUCCACAAGCUAUCCCGGCAGCUCUACUUGCUAUCGGGCUCCUGUUUCCUUUCUCUCUAAUCCUCUUCGGCGUAAAUGAUGCAUAUGAUCAUGAUACAGAUAUACUAAACCCGCGCAAGGAGGAAUCAUGGGUGGAUGGUACGCAUUUGCAAAAGGCGGACCAAAAACUCAUACUCUUUGCAGCCAAAGUGUCUACCGUCCUUGUCCUUCUUCUCGCAAUACCCGCCUCGAUUCAAUCCCCCCAGGUGUUGGGAUAUAUGAUAUUAUCCCUUUUCAUUGCUUGGACGUACUCGGCGCCGCCGCUCCGGUUGAAAGAACGGCCAAUUAUGGAUUCGUUAUCUAACGGUGUGAUUUGCUUCUUGAUAUGGGCAUGCGGCUAUACCGCUGCUGGUAACAAAGACCUAGCACAUCACGCUAGCGACAUCCUUCGAAACGGGUUGUUUAUUUUCUUUGCUGGUCUUGCUUUUCAUAGCCAGUUUGCUGCUUUGGAUCUAGAGGCAGAUGCUGCCGCAAACCAACGGACAGUAGCCACGGUACUUGGAGAAAGACUUACCACGGCCUUUUCGGUGAUCAGCUUGUAA